GAGGCUGGGUGGAGGCUGGCUGGAGGGUUCCGGGUAGUUUGGUAUCAGAGGAUGGGCGCUAGCGGAGGGGAGUCGGUUCGUAGCUACAACAUGUGGGUCUGGUGAUGUGUUUUGUUGAUAAAGGAUGGCUGGAUGGAUGAGGUAGGAUGUUUGACAGAAAGGUACUGGGUUUCGAUCGCAAAUUUCAGCCGCUUUGCGCGAGAUACACCUCGUUCCUCCUGGGAAACACAUUGGGUGUGUCUUAAUUCACUGUAAGUUGCUUUUGGACAAAGUGCUAUUUGAGUGUCUCUAUGCCAUGAAAUAUUAAAAAAGGUGUACUAUUCAUAAUCCUGACAUGGGGUACCAAUAUUAUUGGUACUAUUUAUGAUUUACUUUUGGAGUCAUCUUUUCAUUUCUAAACAUAUUUGACAGAUAAUGCAAUUGUCUGUCUGAUUUCGUGAUACUUUGUUGACACUAGUCUUCAGUGUGUAUAACCUUAGCAAUCUCCUGGCAAUAAGAUGUGGCAUUUUUCACAAUCAUUCCAGAUAACUUAAAGUCAGUGUGCCUUGAAGUUGUGGUUGGGCGGGGGGGGAUCCCUCAUGGAUCCCUCAUGGGGUCCCUCAUGGAGCCCUUCAAAAGGCCCCCUCCGUCCUUGCAAAAAGGCCAGGAAGCACAUGUUGAAAGGACUCGAAUCUCAAACGCCCUCGUUAACCUCUCCCUCCCUUCCUCCCCUCCCUCCCCCCUGCCCCCCUGCAGACUCCAUGCACAUAGAGGACAUCGAGGCGGUGCAGAGGCUGCAGGACUCCCUGCACGAGGCACUGCAGGAUUACGAGGGCUCCCAGCACGCCGAGGACCCUCGGCGGGCCGGCAAGCUGCUCAUGACCCUACCCCUGCUGAGGCAGACGGCCUCCAAGGCCGUGCAGCACUUCUACAGCAUCAAGAUGCAGGGCAAGGUGCCCAUGCACAAACUCUUCCUGGAGAUGCUGGAGGCCAAGGCCUGACCGGCCGCUCGGUGUGGGGGGGGGGCGACGUGGUCGACGCUGACGACCACCACGACGACGACGUGAAGGCGUGCGUGCGUGCGUGCGUGUGUGUGUGUGUGUGUGUGUGUGUGUGUGGGGGGGGGGGGGAAGAGGGCGCGCAUCACCCAGACGUAGGAGGUAAACAAACGAGGCCUGCUUAAAAAAGAACAAAAAUGGUGGUGUGCCAAAUAAUAAAUGGACAAAGGACGAGACUUGGACUACCGUCACUGGUAAACGAACACAGGGAAGGAAGGACACACCACGGGUGGAUUUUGGCGGGAAUGGUGUAUAUUGAUCCGACUGAUUUCGGGUUAUACAAUAAUGUAUAUAAUGACGCCGUGUACAGAAAAAUAAGCUAUCACGGUCUUGUUAUAACCAGAGGCCCAGCGCUCUAUAUCAGCCAACGCUUCUGUCAACCCUGCAUUUCUUAACUGACGUUCACCUCGGUGGGGUUUGGAGGAAGGAACGGUGAAUGAAAUGUCAUCCUGUACUACUGUGUGGCUCCGCAGCCAUGUAUGUAUUUUCCUUUUUUCUUCCACAUUUUCUAACCAGUUACUCAAAGCAAUACGUCCCCACUUGUUCUCCAUAUAAUAUGUGUACUGUAUACUGUGUGACAUUGCACUGGGAGGUGGAGGAUUUGUUUGGAAAAGGUUCCACUAUUUAACUCAAAAGGAAAAACAUGGCCGCCAAAAGUGUGUGAGUGUGUGUGAGUGCGUGUGAGCGUGUGCGUGUGUGCGAUUGGCAGAAAUCCCGUAACUUAUUUAACUUGUACCGGUGUCAUCAACUCACCCGUUUUAGAGGACUUGGGAGCUCUUAGUUUGGACGACGUUGGUCAGUUUACUGGUGGGUGGCCAUUGCUUACUCAGUGUUUAGACUGGGGAAACUGGUCCUUAGUCCUCGGCAAUAAUGGACAUUGUAUUAGAAGUUCUGUUUUGGUGUUGUAUGUUAGUGUUUAUCUCUUAUGGAAACUAAGAUGCAAGACCCCCUCUCCCCAAAAAAAGUCAAUAAUCCACCAAGCACACACGCACACACAAACACAUACACAGAUACACACACAAACGCACACACACGCACACACACACACACACACACACAAAACACCAUCCUAUCUCUCUCUAUGUUAUAAAUGUUUAAUAGGUUUAGAGUUUUGUGGUUUGUGUCUGACACAUCGAAGCUUUUGUCCAGGUCUUUUCUUUCCAGUAUUAUCCUUAGUUUACAUAUAAACUCUACAGUGUGGAAAUUUUUAAUAAUAUUAAUAAUAUAAAAGCUAUUUUUGCUCUAAUACAGAAUAAAACUGUCACUUUGCGUGGACGUGGAGUUUUGUCAAGAUCUGGAAAGGAAAAACAAUCUGGUCGCGUUCUGAUGAUAAAGACAUGGCACUAUAUUUAUUUUUUAUUUAUUUAAAUUAUUUAUUCUGACCGUAUUUCCCAGACUAUACCAGGGUAAAAAAAUUUGCCAAAAAAAUGAUAGCUGAAAGCCAUUAUAUGUGUGUUUACCUGCAGUUCUAAAAGGACUGAGGAAUGGAAUCAGAAUCAAGCUUUUAGUCGGAGCAUGAGCCUUCUGUCUCAGGCAUCCUGUUGGGAGUCAUGGCAACGAUGAUACAGGGCGUGUCUUCCCCACGAGGGUCAAAGCAUGCUUACGACACAAACCCAAGUCAUUGAUGAAACGUUUUGCCAAGUCUUUCAGUGUUUUCCAUUUCCUCAUGUAACUUUUUUGGGGGGGAUUUGAGAUUAAACUGUAGUCCGUUUUUUUGUAUGAUUUUGAAAUUGGAUUGAAUAGAGACUUCGUUUUAUUCCAUUGUUAUUAAUGGUGCUAAUAAUUCAAAGGGCACUUUAUGGACUUUUCUGGAUUAAACUGGCCAACAGACUCUUCAAACUAGAAAUGUUAUUCAAGAUUUUCAAGUAGAAUGUUAGGACUAAUCGCAAUGCAUUUGUAAAACGAAAUAUACAAAUAAAGCAGUCAAAUUAUUACGAUUAAAUGAAAAAUAUUCUAUAUUCUCCAUAAAUUAAUCAGCUCGUCACAAGCGAUCGGGAAAAUAUAUAUUCUCUCCUUUAAGCACUUUAAAUUGGUAGUUACUUUUAAAGGCUAAAUGAUCUCCUUUACAUUGCAAAGGCUUUUGCAAACAUAAUAAAAUAAAUGUAAUAUCUCUCAUUUAGAGAUUAAAACCCAUCCUUCCCAAACGCCACCUCCUUUUAAUAGACCCCCCCCCCCCCCCAUAACGAUCAGACCUGAGCUGAACAUUGUAUUACCAUGCAUAGAUAAUUAUAAUCUACAAUUAAUAUAGUGGAAAAAAACUACAGCUCCCCUGGUGCUCAUCUCCGGGGACACACCAAGCCGUCCAGAAGGUGCGGCAGAGUUGAACCAAAGCAGCUUCAGCUUCAGAGUAUACAGGGUGUCCUUAAAAGCAGUCAACCUAAUUACCCACAUCGUAUUUUUAUUUAAACCUUGCUUGUAUCGUAUCGACUCCACACACUCCGGUUGGAGGGGAAUGCCGGUGAAGGCAAAUUAAUUUAACGCGGAUGGCUGCCCGUUAUGUUUUCUUUAUGUUCAAUCAAUAUUCGCAUUGAUUUCGAUCGUCGAGGCCAUCUGCCUCCUUCUUAACUCUAUCUCCAUUAAAAACCACACUCACCGUGUUGAGGCCUGGCCUAUAUUCUCCAGGCCAUGCCCUGUGUCGUGUAACUGCCACGACUUGGUUCUGUUUUGCAGCCACACACCACGACACCUCAGUCUGCACUCACGAUGGAGGGCAAAACGCCUUCCAUCCGUUUUGUUUUUUAAGCUGAGCCGUACGGUCUUGGGGCGUGUCCCGUCACCGUGGUGAUAUUCAACACGCCCGUACUAGGACUGGCACUUCCUGUCCGAUCAGUUACACACACUCUGGUUCGCUUUGGUCCCCCCCCCACCCCCCCCCCCCCCGACGUCCCCAUCGUGAAGAUUAAUACAGGGAAAAUAAAGGGAAGCCCAUUAAUUUAUUUUAAGCGGGCUGAAAACGGUUCUACUACAUCCAAUUAAUUCUAAUUGUCUCUGAUGCUGAAAUUCUCAAUAGAAAUGGAGCAAUUAAAACCCUGCAUUGGCUCCACCUUGGGGAAAAGCAGAGACAUUUUGGUUCAGUUUCACUGCAGGGUGGGUUUGUUUAAAUCGGGAGAGGGGCGAUUUCCACGGGUGUCUGUGACAGUUUCAUAACACGAUGAUCACUCGGCUAUGCAAGGCAAAUAUGGCCACCUCUGUGUUCGUUUUUUCUGUCUGUUUGACUUGUCUUAUCGACCUUUAGUUGCACUUUGUCUGUCUGUCUGUAUCGUGUGGCCAUACACAGCUAACCCGCUGCUAAUGUGUUGUGUUUGUCUCACGUACCACGUAGCAUAUGCUGUCGACGAGUAUAAUUGUAAAUACUGGAUUUUUAUUUUGCUUUAUGUGAUUACUUUUCGAUUGAUUUCAUGGGCAUUUAUUAAGUUUUGACUUGUUUACUUUUGCAUUAGCAAAAACUGAAAUAUAGGACCCCCCCCCCUCCCUUGAACAGCCCUACACCACAACAUCUUCUUGAUUAAAAAGUAAUUGAACGUGUGACUGACUGAGUCAGUUAUUUUUUACUUUUUAUUGAAUGUGGGUUGUGUCAUAUUGUUUUAUUUAUUUAUUUUGUUUAUCUGAUACAUAUUUUUGUCUGCUGGAACAUAUGCUAUGUAUUAUCAUCGAUUGACGUGAUGUACAGGAAACCGUAGAAAAAACUAAAACAAAAAAAUUAAAAGUGGUGUAGAAAGAACCAAUACCUCAAUUCAUAUUUUGAAAAUUACGCUUGGUCUGAAAGCAGGCUAGGUGGUGGUGCGGGUGGUGAAGAGGGGGGUGGGGUGUUCCCACGGGAACUAGUGGCACAGAAAUAAAGUGACAUCACUGACUGGGUAUUAAAAAAAAAAAAAAAAAGGAAGGAAACGAAAGGGAAAAAAAAUGUAGAUGAACCUCUCGCAAUUGGCGGACUCAUUCCUCAGAGGGAAGAGCUGCUCAUUCGCUGUUCCAUUUGUGGACUUAUCUCAUCUCGCCGGUCUCUCCGAGAUGACGAGAUUUACAUAAAACACGGCGGAGCCACCUCGGCCACUGUGGUCCGCGGUGUAUACUGCGGUGUAUACUGCGGGUGUAUACUAGGGGUGUAUACUGUAGGAGACGCUAUAGGAUGAGCCGGCUCGCGGUACGGCGAGCCACGCAACGUCUGAUUACCCUGGAGAGUUACUCCGCUCAACAGCAAUACGUUAUCGGUUGUGAUAUAUGAAUCAAGUUAAAAGCAAGCUUUGUUUCAUUUUAAUUAUGAACUUGCCCCCUUUUGCUCGGCGACCGAACGGGCCUGGGUUACUAUGCACACACAUUCACUUACAGUCCGACGCGACGAAUACGACUAAGUCCUAUGUGAAUAGGUUGGAACUGAAAGUAAAAGUGGAAGCGAAGCCAUGACUGGCUUUCCUUGGACAGUGUCAAGUGGCAUCUCCUUGUGUUUUGUUUGUUGUGCUAAUAUGCCUCUGUACUCGUGUAAAUAUAUGCUUUUUUUCUCUGAGUGAGUCAGAUCUAACAGUGAAUGUACAUUGAUAAUAAAAUCACAUGGUUUAUGUAA